AUGAUUGCUGCUCCUAAUGCAGACACAGAGCUGGUGAUGCCAAACCAAUCAGCGUUUCUGUUGACCCUGGAGCGAUUUGUGGGGGAUGGGGGGGAGGCGACUGUUGUGGGAUGUGUGAUCGAGGUUUGCACUUGUUCCUGGAGGCAAGAUGACCCUAAAGGAGCUGAGCUCAGCUUCUCUGCUGCCUCUGAACACCAGCUGAAUGUAUUGGAUGUUUCAGACUCUGAGCUGAGACUUUAUGCAACAAUGUUGAGUGAGGAGCGCAGGACUGGAGGACAUGGUCCCUCCUGGCUGCAGGACAGGAAACCAGCAAAUCGGGCCAUCUCUGUCCCCUUCUCUGAGCAGCAGGAGGUGGGCAGGGAAGCUGGUGCUGAGCUGCUGAGACCAGUUUUUUUCAAAAGUGUCAGUAUGCCGGAGGCAACAACACGAGUGGCCAAGCAACUGUCGGUGAGGAAACAGCCUGGGUUUCAGCGACAGACUUCAAUCUCUCAAAGUAUUCGCAGGGAGACAGCACAAUGGUUUGGAGUAGCAAGCAAUGGUGAAUUAAAGCAUCAAGAGUGGCAGCGGAAGAGCUGGCAGCACUGUAGCAACAGGUUCGGCAAGCUGAAAGCUCAGUAUCUGAAGGACAUAGAGCUGCCCAGUCAGGAGGCCACCUCGUUUGCAGGAAUGGAAUCUCCAGGUCCAUACAAACUGCCAAAGAUUCUGGACCCUUUAGCACGACAUCGAGCAUUCCAAUACCCUGGUGAUGCUGACCACCCACGCACCCCUCACCUGAUCCACGCAGUCACCCCAGAUGGUGCUUCACUCACCUCCUUUACCAGCUCCCCAUCUGGGGGGUUUCGCCCCCGGAAACGCGAAUCAGUCGCCCGCAUGAGUCUGCGAGCAGCAACGGCUUUCAUACAGGGCCAGCCAGUUCUGAGAAACACCUUACCACAGCGUGGAAUCAGGAGAAGCUUUGUCCUUCACGGCUGUUUUGAGGAUAUGGAAGGUCUGGGUUCUGUGGCCUCCUCGUUCUUCACUAAGGAUGAAAUAUACUCGAUGCCGGAUGAUGUGUUCGAAUCGCCCCCUCUCUCCGCCUCGUACGGCAUCAAUGCUGGUGUCUUGGGGAUUGACACCCAACUUGCUGACCAGCUGCAGCCUCCAUUUAAAGAGAUGGUGAAACUUCACACCUUGGCAGCAGUGCCCAAGAGAGGCCAUCGCAUCACCUCCCAAGUCAGAAACUUUGCAUUUGAUAAGAAGAGACGACAGUACGGGCUCGGGGUGGUGGGCAAGUGGCUGAAUAGGAACUACAGACAGAGGCUCAGCAGCAGCAUCCAGAGAAAACUGGCGGAUGUGAGCAGUCACAGGCCUUACUUCACCUACUGGAUCACAAUGGUGCAUAUUGUGAUCACACUGUUGUCCAUCGCUACAUACGGAAUCGCUCCGAUUGGAUUUGCACAACAUACAGCUACAAAACUGGUGCUGAGGAAUAAAGGUGUGUAUGAGAGUGUUGAAAAUGUGCAGCAGGAAAACUUCUGGAUAGGACCUAGUUCAGAUGCUCUGAUUCACCUCGGAGCCAAGUUUUCUCCUUGCUUAAGGAGGGAUCAUUUCAUCGCUAAUCUUAUUGAAGAGGAGAUGAGACGUGAACGUAACUCUGGCUGCUGUAUUCAGAAUGAUGGCUCUGGGUGUGUACAAACUUUAAAGGAAGAUUGUUCGGAAACGCUCGCUACCUUUGUAAAGUGGCCAGACAGUGAGGCACUGGACAAAGCCUCCAGCAAUGAGACAAGAUCGUCAGGAGCUGUUUGUCACCAGGAUCCAAGAACCUGUGAGGAGCCGGGAUCUGCUGCUCCCCAUGUGUGGGAGGAUGACAUCACCAGAUGGCCUAUCUGCACCGACCAACGAAAGAACAACCACACAGGGCUGAGACACAUGGACUGCGCUAUCAAGGGACGGCCAUGCUGCAUUGGGACCAAGGGGAGAUGUGCAAUUACUACCCGAGAAUACUGUGAGUUUCAGAAUGGUUAUUUCCAUGAGGAGGCCACUUUGUGCUCACAGGUUUACUGUAUGGACGAGGUAUGUGGUUUGUUGCCAUUCCUAAAUCCAGAUGUUCCGGAUCAGUUUUACAGGCUCUGGCUGGCAUUGUUCCUUCACGCUGGGAUUAUCCACUGUCUCAUCUCUGUGGUUUUCCAGAUGACUGUUCUUCGGGACCUUGAAAAAUUAGCAGGAUGGCUGCGCAUUUCAGUGAUUUACAUUCUGAGUGGAGUUGUUGGUAAUCUGGCCAGCGCCAUCUUCCUGCCGUACAGAGCUGAGGUGGGUCCUGCUGGCUCCCAUUUUGGUUUGUUGGCCUGUCUCUUUGUGGAAUUGUUUCAAAGUUGGCCAAUUCUGGAGAAACCAUGGAAGGCCUUCAUGAAGCUGAUUGGAAUAGUUCUGUUUCUCUUCAUCUUUGGCUUGUUGCCUUGGAUAGACAAUAUUGCACAUCUCUUUGGGUUUAUUAGUGGGCUCCUGCUCUCAUUUAUCUUCUUACCAUAUAUUACCUUCGGUAAAGUUGAUAAAUAUGGAAAACGACUACUGAUUAUUGUCUCCGUUCUGGUUUUUCUGGGACUUGGUGCCUCUCUAAUCAUCUGGUUCUACGUAUAUCCCAUCAACUGUUAUUGGUGUGAAUAUCUCACCUGCAUCCCAUUCACCAACAAGUUCUGUGAGAAGUACAACCUAAAUCACAUUUUACACUGAAUAUGACAUGAGGAGCCAAUCUGCCUGCCUGAGAGAGCUUGGACAACAUCUGUGCUGAAUGGGAACUUUAGGAGUCACAGAAUAAAUAGGAUUCACUGGGAUUUAUUCCCCAAUGAGCUGUGAACAAUACCAUAUGGACAGGUGCUGCUGCAGUAGGAAAAUCUGAAAGAACACUCCAUGGAUAAAUGGAAUCAGCAGUUUGCUGCUGGUUGACGCCUCAUCACUACAGUUUAUUAUGUUUUGGUAAUAAUAUACAUCUUUUUAAAUGAUCAUUUUCUGCCUCAUGCUUAUUGUUGAUCAGUUUUACAAAUAUGUCUAAUUUACAGAAACUUUGUUUAUUUGUUUUGGAAACUGCAGACAAAUUCAUUUGGGGGAAAAUUUGCAAAGCACUAAUGUGAGGUACAUUCUCCACUAAUGUGGAGGGUGGCUUGUGACUGUAGAGAGCGUGUCUGGUCUCUGCAAGGAGUUUUUGAUGAUUUCCACUGAGCAGUCUUUGGUUGAGUUCCACUGCCUGUUAAUAUUUUUAAACAACCUUUCAAGAAAGUGGCAUAAUUGAUCUCCUCACAUUUUGUCUUGUACAGUUGCUGUCACUUUGUCCAUAUCUGCUUCUGAAUAACAAAGCAUUUAUUUGUCACUAUCCCCAAGAUUGGACAUUGGAACCAACUCGGGAGGUUCAUGAUAAUAAUUGUCCAAAUUUAGUUGCAUAUCCUGGAGAUUUAGGAUUGGGAAUCUCGGAUUCAAAAGCCAUCUAGUCAUCAACCACAAGGUGUUCAGGAAAACAUUCUUACUCUGUAUAGCAAAAAUGAAUGAUGCAGCUCCUGUGUGAUUGAAGUUAAUAUUUUUGUUGAAACAUCCUCAUUGUCCUACUCUUGAACUUUUUUCCAUAAAUUCUGCACAAUCUUAAUUUUGAAAUAAAAUCUAACAUCUUA